AUGGAUAAAAAAGAAGAAAUUAAGGAAGAAUAUAAACUAGAAAUUAAGACCGAAGGUCAAAUGUCUGCAGAAGAAGUUAGAAAAUUAAGAGUUCAAGAAGAUAGUAAAUUGUUAAAUGCAUAUCUCCAGCAAAUUAAAGUUGGUUGCGGGAGGUUUAUGUGUGAUAACAAGUCAUGUGCUAGUAGUGGUUAUAUAAAGCCAAAUCAAGAAGAGCAUAAAUAUUUGAAGUAUGCCAUAGAGAUAAUGAAAGCAAAAACAAAACUCUGCCCUCCAAUUGAAGUCACAUUCCCAUCAGACAAAGAAAUAAAAGCGUCUGUAUGUAAAAAUUUAAUAGCUGAUUUCAGGAGGACAAAUGAUUUACAACCACUUAAAGAUUUUAUAAACCUCACACUAUUUAAAAAAGAAAAUAUUCUGUGUCAAAUAAUUCACUAUGAAUUGGCGCAACGAUUUUGUGAGAUAAUGAUGAUUGAAGAGAAUAGGAUUAAAGAAUUUACGCAAGCAUAUUAUGACUUUCAGCUAGAUAAUAAUGGAGGAAAAAAAAUAAAUAUAAGAAAAUACCUUCAAAAAGCUUCUUAUUUUAAACAAGCUCCAAUAAAAGAUCGUAUGAAAGCAUUUGAAAAAAAUCUUCGAUAUCCAGGUGAACAAUAUAUUAGAAGAAGAUCAUCUCAAGAUAAAACUAAUAUAUCAAAAGAUUUGAUUAAACGUUUUCCUAGUCGGUUUGAGGAAGAAGAAGAAAUUUAUACAUGUAUAAAACUUUUAAAAGAAGUAGUUCUUGAAAAUAAUAUUAUACGCAAAGUUUACGUUUGUGCUCUUAAUAAGAUGGUGCGUGAGAUAUUUUAUUUGUAUACUUUAAGUAACACUUGGAAAAAUGAUCAAUUUUUUUCAUCAAUUUUUUUAAAAUUUUUUCUUACCAUGCCACAUAUAAUUAAUAUCUCCGAAUUUUACACUGUUAAUUUAGUUGAUAUUGCAAAAGUUUUUUCUUUGGCAGGGUAUCAAGCACGAAAUAGAAUUGCCAGAUUUGUUUCUACUCAAAAUUUGGAUUGGAUCAAAAACUGGAUUGAUGAUAUUCAACAAGCUAUCACUGUUCGAUCAGUUACUAUUAGGGCUUAUACUGACACUUUAGAACAUGAUUUUUUUGAUGGAGAAGAUAUUCCAGGAUUAUUAUCAAUGUUAGAAGUUUUUCAUACUGCUGUUAUGAUACAUAAAAAAAAAAUUGAAGAUAAUGAUUUAGUUGUAAAAUAUGAUAAUCCACAUAUAAAAUUAGUAAGAAAAAAAUCUAAAAAAGCAGGAAACGAUAAUACUUCUAAUGGAAAAGUUGGUGAAGGUGAUGAAGAUGGUACAUCGAUUAAUGAAGAUUCUAAUAAUCAACAAAUGGAACAUGAGACUGAUGACAUAACUACUGUUCCAUCAAAUAAUAUUAUUCAAUGGUCAAAAGAUCUUAAGGUUGAUUUAGAUUCAGAAAAACCAGGAUGGUGUGAAGGAUUUGAUAAAGAUAUUUCAGAAAAGAUGCACCAAAUUGAUGUUCAUCAUAAUUCCAGAAACAAUGCUUGGAAUACAAAUCCUUAUAAUACAAUGAUUCCUUUAAAUUAUUUUAUUAAUGAUGAGUUAUCUGCUAAUGUUGAUGUUGAAAGAGACUUUCGUGCUUUUAAAACAGGUUUCUCUGUACCACUAAUUUUAGAUUUUCCAUUUGCAUUUCAUACUGGUGUAAAACAUUCAUUCUUAAUGGAGUACAAUAAAUGGCGAAUGAAAGUUGAACAAACACUUCCUAUCAAUGGUACUUUUGAUGUUGAUGAUGACGAUGACGAUGAUAUAACUGACUAUCUUCAAAUUCAAGUAAGACGUGAAGAAGCAAUGAAUGAUUCAUUAAAUUGGCUCUCGAAUGUUUUUUCAAAAGAAAAAAGUCGUUUUAAUGUUAGAAAACAACUUCGUGUACAAUUUGAAGGGGAAGAGGGUAUAGAUGAAGGAGGAUUAUCAAAAGAAUUUUAUCAAAUUAUUACUAAGAAAAUAUUUGACCCAGAUUAUGGAAUGUUUAUUUUUAAUAAAGAAUCAAGAACUUAUUGGUUUAAUCCUCAAUGUACUUAUUGUGAUAUGGAAUAUGUUCUUAUUGGAUUAAUGAUAGCUAUGGCCCUAUACAAUGAAGUAAUGAUAGAUGUUGCCUUUCCUGUUAUUCUUUAUAAAAAAUUAUUAUCAGGACAGGUUGAUUUAGAGGAUAUGAAAGAUUUUGACAAUGUUAUGUAUAAUUCAUUUAAAAAUCUUCUACAAACACAAGAUGUAGAAGAUAUAUUUUGCCUUAAUUUUACAGCUUCAUAUAAAGAUGUAUGUGGACUUGAACAUACCUGUAAAUUAGUUGAUGAUGGAAAUAAUGUUCCUGUUACAGAUACGAAUAAAAAAGACUACGUUAGACGGUAUGUUAAAUUUUUACUCAUAGAUCAAGUAAAACAUCAAUUUGACAAAUUUGCCACGGGAUUUUUUAUGGUAACAAAUCCAAUUCUUUUGCGUGCUUUGUGUCAUCCUGAAGAAAUUGAUCAGUUUAUUUGUGGUGUUGUAGAUCUUGAUUUGAAUCAAUUACAGAAACAUGUUUCUUAUACUUCUGGAUAUACUGCCGAUAGUCAGACAAUUAAAGAUUUUUGGAAAGUUGUUCAUGAAUUUACUUUGGAACAAAAAAGACAAUUACUUGAGUUUAUUACAGGUUCUCACCGUAUUCCAGUUGGUGGUUAUAAAUCAAUGGAAUUUUCAAUUCAACGACACGGUGAUAUGAAAGAUCACUUACCAUCAUCACAUACUUGUUAUAAUUUCCUAUUGUUACCAGAUUAUAAAGACUACAACAUACUGAAAGAAAGAUUAACUCUUGCUUUAAAAUACUGCAAAGGAUUUGGACUUCAAUAA